UAGAAAGAAGGGUUUCUUUAUUUUCCACUCCUGUUUAUUUGUUAUUCAUAUUCAAGAGUAGCAACACAGCCACUGUCGCCUUUGGGAAGUUUGACGGGAGGCCGCUAGGGGGCGUACGUGCUUCCUGUGCUGCCAGUCAAUACGAAACCUACAGUGAGGAGAUGAAACUGCAUCUUUGACGCACACAUAAACAAGACGGGGCGACGGGCAACUGUGGGCCAUAUUUGUGGACUAAACAGUACUGGAGCGCUGUUGGGACUUAUCCCUCCCCGCCUGAAGGGCCAGCGGAAUGGCGCUGAGCUCGGGCGGGUGGGCUCGCACCCCCUCGCCGGCUCCAUCUCCUCCUCUCCCCGGCUACGGGGCCUCCCAGAGCGGCUGUAACACGGUGCUAAUGUCGGUGCGGGUUUCGGUGUGCCACUCGGGAAUACGGCCGUUGUGUCUCCCAGGGGCAGAAGACGAGUCCUUGCGUUUGCAGCUCAGUAUGGACCCUGGGAGGGCCGGGGAGUUCCGCCUCGCUCUACGGGACGUCAGUUGUACAGGCACCGGCCAAAGUGUGUCCAUCGCGGAGUUCGACCUGCGGUCCGUGCAGUACGAGGUGAAGUCGCCGCGUUGCCACGAGCUGCGUCUGGCCACGCCCCCUCACGAUCGCAUCAACUUCAACUUCCGCUGCGAGAAGGAGGCGCAGGAGUGGGCCACCGUGGUGAUGUCAUCGCUGAGGGAGGCGCACAGGGUGGCAGACAGCCCUCCCAUCGCUGAGCGACAGCUCAACCUGGAGCCCCUGGAACCCCAGAGCUCGGCCGCCCUGCCCAAAGCAGAGGAGCUGUGCGCCGAUCUGACUCGAGCCAUAGAGGCAGGUGACACGCAGAGCGCCUCUCAGUAUGCAGUGAACCUGGCUCGCCAGCAGGCGGCGCUCAAGAUCCAGCUUUCUGAGAAGAACUACGCGGACGCCGAGAUCAGCCUGGCGGUGGUGGUGGAGGACGCUUCCUCUUCCUGUUGUGUCACGGUGAAAGUCUUCCCCCACAUGACCGUUGCGUCACUCAAGCAGCAGGUGUUUCAGGAGUACGGGUUCCACCCGCGGGUGCAGCGCUGGGUGAUCGGGCAGUGCCUGUGCGUGGAGCCGCGCUCGCUGGCGUCCUACGGGCUGCGGCGGGACGGGGACACGGCCUUCCUGUACCUCCUCUCGGCCCGCCAGGCCCAGCUCACCCGCCAGAUGUGCCUGCAGGACCAGGAGAGCGCCCUGCUGCCCCCCCCGCCGCCGCCCAGCAACGGGCCCGCGUCCCAGGACCGGAGGGGCUACAGCACCCUGCCCCCCCGACUGUCCAACAGCAGCAUGGGUAGCAGCGGGGGCGGAGCUGAGAAGUUGGGGAUCGGUGAAAUCCGAGAUCUCAUCAACCUGGAGAUGCCCCAGCUCAAGGAAGCCCUGGACCCCAGCAAAGCCAGCACACAGCUGGGAUGGGCGUGCCCGUCCUGCACCUUCAUCAACAAGCCGACGCGGCCGGGCUGCGAGAUCUGCAGCAUGGACCGGCCCGAGGGGUACACCGUGCCCGGGGGGCACCAGCCCGACCCCGCCGAACUGCGCCGCAUCACUCAGGAGAAGGAGGCCGUGCGACAGUACCAACAGGAGAAAAAGGAGAAGAGAAGAGCUGAGGGAGGCUGGCCCACAGAAAAGCCCACUACUAUAUAACCUGAACCAGCCCACUGACCAGGACUACUGACACACUGUUUAAUCUGAACCGGCCCACUGACCAGGACUACUGACACACUGUUUAAUCUGAACCGGCCCACUGACCAGGACUACGGACACACUGUUUAAUCUGAACCAGCCCACUGACCAGGACUACUGACACACUGUUUAAUCUGAACCGGCCCACUGACCAGGACUACUGACACACUGUUUAAUCUGAACCAGCCCACUGACCAGGACUACUGACACACUGUUUAAUCUGAACCAGCCCACUGACCAGGACUACUGACACACUGUUUAAUCUGAACCGGCCCACUGACCAGGACUACUGACACACUGUUUAACCUGAACCAGCCCACUGACCAGGACUACUGACACACUGUUUAAUCUGAACCAGCCCACUGACCAGGACUACUGACACACUGUUUAAUCUGAACCAGCCCACUGACCAGGACUACUGACACACUGUUUAAUCUGAACCAGCCCACUGACCAGGACUACUGACACACUGUUUAAUCUGAACCAGCUCACUGACCAGGACUACUGACACACUGUUUAACCUGAACCAGCCCACUGACCAGGACUACUGACACACUAUAUAACCUGAACCAGCCCACUGACCAGGACUACUGACACACUGUUUAAUCUGAACCGGCCCACUGACCAGGACUACUGACACACUGUUUAACCUGAACCAGCCCACUGACCAGGACUACUGACACACUGUUUAAUCUGAACCGGCCCACUGACCAGGACUACUGACGCACUGUUUAACCUGAACCAGCCCACUGACCAGGACUACUGACACACUGUUUAAUAUGAACCAGCCCACUGACCAGGACUACUGACACACUGUUUAAUCUGAACCAGCCCACUGACCAGGACUACUGACACACUGUUUAAUCUGAACCAGCCCACUGACCAGGACUACUGACACACUGUUUAAUCUGAACCAGCCCACUGACCAGGACUACUGACACACUGUUUAACCUGAACCAGCCCACUGACCAGGACUACUGACACACUGUUUAAUCUGACCCAGCCCACUGACCAGGACUUCUGACACGCUGUUUAAUCUGAACCAGCCCACUGACCAGGACUACUGACACACUGUUUAAUCUGAACCAGCCCACUGACCAGGACUACUGGCACACUGUUUAAUCUGAACCAGCCCACUGACCAGGACUACUGACACACUGUUUAAUCUGAACCAGCCCACUGACCAGGACUACU